GAAGCCAACCCGUAAGUCUGAUCUGUAACACAACAAGAAAAUUAAAAUGAGCAGUCUUGGUAUAGCAUCUCCGCCAGUAGAACCAAAUGUUCAAGAACUGGUGAGGAGUAAUCCAUUAAAGAUCCCUGAGAAGUACCUUUUAAAGAAUAUAGAUGAACAAGACAAGCCAAAGAGUAUAGAAACUACUUGUGAUGAUCUUUCUUCUGAUGAUAUCCCCAUCGUCGAUUUUUCUCUGCUCGCAAGUGGGAACGAGGAGGAGCUUAACAAACUGGAUCUGGCUUGCAAGGAAUGGGGAUUCUUCCAGCUCGUAAAUCAUGGAGUGGAAAGAGAAGUGUUGCAGGGUAUGAAGGAUGGUUCUGCGAAGUUCUUUGGACUUCCUUUAGAAGAGAAGAAUAAAUUUGCUAUGUCAACUGCAGAAGGCAAACGUGAAGGUUAUGGGAAACCCUCUGUGGCAACUGAAGAGCAGACACUCGACUGGUCCGACGCACUGGUUCUCACUCUUUACCCAUCUCAGAUCCGGAACCUUCAGUAUUGGCCAACCACACCAAAGGGAUACAAGGAGGCUAUUGAGGCAUAUGCUAGUGAAGUUAAAAGAGUUGCAGAGGAAAUCCUAAGAUCUCUGUCUUUAACAAUGGGGAUGGAGAAGGAUGUUCUUCUUGGACUGCAUCAAGAUUUGGCUGCAGCAUUGCGCGUAAACUACAUUCCUCCAUGCUCCAUGCCUGACAAAGUUCUAGGUCUAAGUGCACAUGCGGAUGCAGGCACCAUUACUAUACUUAUGCAAGACGAUAAUGUUAUAGGAUUACAGAUUCGGAAACAAGGACAAUGGGUAUCAGUCAAGCCAAUUCCAAACUCUUUCGUUGUGAAUAUUGGAGAUGCUCUUGAGAUAUGGAGCAACGGGAAGUACAAAAGCAUUGAACACAGAGCCGUGACAAACGAAAGCAAGGCAAGAAUGUCUUAUGCAUCGUUUAUCUUUCCACAUGUUGAUGUGGAAAUUGAACCGUUCCAUCAUCUACUAGAGUCAUCAGGCACCAUUCAGAUGUACAAGAAGGUCAAAUAUGGAGAUUAUUUGAUUAAAUGCUUGAAGAGGAAAAUGGAAGGGAAGGAACACACUCAAAAUGCAAAAAUAGGAAGCGCUUGA